AUGGAUUCCGAUAUUGAUAUCGAAGAACAUAAUUUACUUGACAAUCCAGCGCUUCGAGCAAUCUUUCCAGAUAUCACUGUUCUUAAGCAGGAAAUAUUUGAAAUAAACAACGAAGAUGAUCAAAAUUUUCAAGAUGAGAAUCCUAAUAUUGGUGUUGAAGGAUGUGCUCUUUAUUCAAAUGAAUCAAAUAAUUUGGCUUCAAAGUCCUUAAAACUACCUGAUAAAAUAUGUUCCGUUGUACCUAAGACAUUUGGGGAUAGAACUAAGAAAGAUUCUAAUAAGAACUUGGAUGUUGAACCUCCACGAGUCUCGGAAUUACCAGCAAUACCUAAUAAGCAGCAAGAAAACUUAGUUGUUAAUUCUAUACCCAAGCAAACUACAGACAAACAUGUUAUGAAAAACAUUAAAGAAAAUACAUUGGUUCAAAAGAGUAAACGGAAAGAAACUUCACUAUUCUUUAAAUGUUUUAGCCACCUAACCUCGGAUUCGACAGUUCAAGCAACUUCAGCGAUUCAAGUGCCGGACACAUCUCAAAAAAUAUUCUAUUUUGAACCCAAACAUUAUGGAUCUAACAACCAAUUUUGGCUCCAACACAUAUUUAAUGGUUUGCCAAUGGCUGAUAUUGACAAAAUUUUGUCAAAUGCCAUAUAUAAAUAUGAAAGUAGAAUAAAAUUGCAGGUCAGUAAGAAUGGAAUACCAGAAUACACCGAAUACCAAUGCGAGACUUGUCACUGUUUCGUAGAUUGCUUGUCACUCUUUAAACAUAUUAACGCUUGUACAAGAAAGAUUAAGAAGUACUCGUGUAAAUUUUGCGCACGACGAUUCGAUUCGGAGGAUGCUUCUACUAAGCACCUAAAAUUACAUGAAAGUUCUUUGGACCCAGAGACAUGCAGAAUUGUUUCAUUUAAUAGAAAAAUUGAUAAAAAAAUUAAUGAUUUAAUAAAAGCAAAUCCUUCUAGGCCUUAUGUUGUGUAUCAGUGUAGAAAUUGCGAAGGUCUCAUAAAUAGAAGUAACUUUUCUUCCCACAUAUGCACUUACACUGACCUAGAAAAUUGCAAUGUCUGUGGAUUGUUGUUGUACAAAAGUCACUUUGCGGAUCAUUUGAGAAAACACAAGGAAUUGCAAAGCUUUACAGUAAACAAUAUGAAGGUAGUUUUGCUUGGGCUCAGAACACCCAGUACAAAUAAAACCAAAGUAUCUAGUUUUAUGGGUAUUGUAUGUGAUUAUAUUUUUUAUAGAUGUUCCAAAUGCAAUGUGUGCAUUAAAGAAUUCAGGUGUAUAGCCAAGCAUUUUUGCCUAAUUGAGACAUGUAAAGCACAGUGCCACAAAUGUGACCUCUACUUCGAUGAAGGCAAAUUGAAAGGUCAUAUAAAACUUCACGCAGAUGAUUUAGAUUUUGUUAAAGAUAACAUUACACUUAUUGACUUUAAUCCAAAAGAAAACACAAACGAGGAUGAUGUAGUAACGCUUCCGAAAAUGUCGAAUGAACAAAGUACUCUAGUGGAUGGAGAUGACGUUGAAAUUGUUGAUGAUAAGGCAAUUCAAACCGUUGAAGAAAAAACAGCUACUCUAUAUAAAUGUGCAAAAUGUAAAUUGCAUUUUCUAAAUAAGAAUAGCGUGGAUGAUCAUAUUAGAAAAAAGCCUGCUAGAAUAACUAAACAAUUUUGUACAAAAUGUGGAUUUUCGUUCUCGCCCAAUACGUUGUUUCAUCACUUACUUGAGCAUCAUGGACAGAGAGACGUAAAAUAUACUUUCCAAGUAGAAGAUGUUUUUGGCACGUUCAAAAAGCAAAAAGUGUAUAAAUGUAUUAAAUGCAAUUUACAUUUUACCAAUUUAAAAAAGGCGAACGAACAUCAUUCGAAAUGCUCAGGCGAUUCGAGUCAAGGUGAAAAAUGUAAAUGUUGCGGUUUAAUGUUUCAUUUUUCUUAUUUGCUAAAUCAUGAAAGAAAUUCAGAAAAUAAUUCACAUACUGAUUAUGAAGUAGUUGAGGCCGAGGGCGAGUAA